UCUGAUAAAACAUAAAAUAAACAUCAUGGAAACUGAGCAGACAGGCACCUUAAGAGCACUUUCUUAAGAGCAUAGUUUACUUUUCAACGUAAGAAAGUAUGAUCCCGCUAGCCCUGCUAUUUUUUACCCUGUUCUUAAAAGCACCACUGAUGGUUAAUCCUGUGAAGUACCUGAAAAAUAAAACAGUUUGACUGCUUCUUGUCCUUACAGGUGGAGACUGUUACAGGGGUGUACAAAACAAACAGAUCAAUGUAAAUAUGAAAACAUAUUCAUCUUCCUGUGGGAAAAGUUAUGUUUCAGUGCUAUGUUUCAAUAGGAAGAAAAUCUCGUUAUGGCACCAUCGGGAAGAAAGCAUUCAGGAAAAGCUGGUAAACCAGCACAGGAGGAUCAAGCGAUACCUCCCUAUGGCUUUCCAGAAGAAAGAAAAGAGCUGAGUGGAUCAGAGGAAGAUAUUAGAGAAGGUGAAACACCAGUAAUGGAGAAGCAUGGCAAGAAAAGACCUUUGGUGACUACUCAUGUGGUUCCAGAUGAUGUAGGGGGUGAAGUACAGAAUAUGCUGGAAAGAUUUGGAGCUGACAUUAACAAAGCUCUGUUAGCUAAGAGGAAAAGAUUAGAAAUGUAUACGAAAGCUUCACUCAAAACCAGUAACCAGAAGAUUGAACAUGUCUGGAAAACACAGCAGGAGCAAAGGCAGAAGCUCAAUCAUGAUUUCUCCCAGCAGUUCCUGACUUUAUUUCAGCAAUGGGAUGUAGACGUGCAGAAAGCAGAGGAACAGGAAGAAAAACUUGCGAAUAUGUUUCGUCAGCAACAAAAAGUUUUUCAACAGGCAAGAAUAGUUCAAAGCCAGAGACUGAAAACCAUUAAGCAACUGUAUGAGCAAUUCUUAAAGAGCAUGGAAGAACUAGAGAAAAACAAUGAAAAUCUUCUAGUUGGUGCACAAAAUGAACUUCGCAAAGAAAUGGCUAUGUUGCAGAAGAAGAUUAUGAUGGACACUCAACAGCAAGAGAUGGCAACUGUUCGCAAGUCUCUUCAGUCCAUGUUAUUCUGA